AUGGCGGCCACUGAGAUAGCGCGACAAGCGCUUAUUGCGGUGUUUCUUACAGGGGAGACUGGUUUGGGAAAGUCCACCCUCAUGGACACCCUGUUCAACACCAAAUUUGAGGGUGAACCUACACAGCACAAUCAGCCUGGAGUGCAGCUCAAGUCCAACACUUAUGAGCUGCAGGAGAGCAACGUUCGCCUCAAGCUUAAUGUGGUCAACACUGUAGGCUUUGGAGAUCAGAUCAACAAAGAGGACAGUUACAAGUCUAUUGUGGAGUUUAUCGAUGCUCAGUUUGAAGCAUACCUUCAGGAGGAACUGAAGAUUAAACGCACCCUACACAGUUAUCAUGAUACUCGGAUCCACGCCUGUCUGUAUUUCAUCGCUCCUACUGGACACUCGCUAAAGUCCCUUGACCUGGUUACUAUGAAGAAGUUGGACAGUAAGGUGAAUAUCAUCCCCAUCAUCGCCAAAUCAGAUGCCAUCUCAAAGAGUGAACUUGCUAAGUUCAAAAUUAAGAUCACAAGUGAAUUGGUGAGCAAUGGGGUCCAGAUCUACCAGUUUCCCACUGACGAUGAGACUGUGGCAGAGAUCAACUCAACCAUGAAUGGUCAUUUGCCUUUUGCGGUGGUGGGAAGCACUGAGGAAGUGAAGAUUGGGAACAAGAUGGUGCGAGCACGCCAGUACCCCUGGGGAACCGUCCAGGUGGAGAAUGAGAAUCACUGUGAUUUUGUGAAGCUGAGAGAAAUGCUGAUCAGGGUCAACAUGGAGGACCUGCGAGAGCAGACUCACACUCGCCACUAUGAGCUAUACCGCCGCUGCAAGCUGGAGGAGAUGGGAUUCAAAGACACUGACCCUGACAGCAAACCCUUCAGGUGAAGAGGGUCACAGUCACACCGAAUGAU